AUAGAAUUUUGGCAACAUUUUUUUACGACCUUCUAGAAUUAAGAUGACCACAUCAACAUCACCGUCAUCCACAGAUGCACCGAGAGCUACAGCUCCUGAAUCAAGCUCUUCGUCUUCAUCCUCAUCUUCUUCAUCAUCAUCCACAUCUUCUGUGGGUGCAUCUGGAAUUCCAUCAUCUUCUGAAUUAUCGAGUACAAUUGGAUAUGAUCCAAUGACAGCGUCUGCUGCACUUUCUGCUCAUUUUGGAAGUUAUUAUGAUCCGACUAGUUCUUCUCAAAUUGCUUCAUAUUUUGCCUCAAGUCAAGGACUGGGAGGUCCUCAAUAUCCAAUACUCGGAGAUCAGUCACUAUGCUAUAAUCCAUCAGUAACAAGUACCCAUCACGACUGGAAGCACCUGGAAGGAGACGAUGAUGAUGAUAAGGAUGAUGACAAGAAAGGCAUCAGUGGUGAUGACGAUGAUAUGGAUAAGAAUUCAGGCGGUGCAGUGUAUCCAUGGAUGACACGUGUUCAUUCAACUACAGGAGGUUCACGCGGCGAGAAGCGACAACGAACAGCAUACACAAGGAAUCAAGUAUUAGAGCUGGAAAAGGAAUUUCAUACACACAAAUAUCUGACGAGGAAGCGUAGAAUUGAAGUAGCUCAUUCAUUGAUGCUUACCGAAAGACAAGUCAAAAUUUGGUUUCAAAAUCGACGAAUGAAGCACAAAAAAGAAAAUAAGGAUAAACCAAUGACACCUCCGAUGAUGCCAUUUGGUGCAAAUCUACCAUUCGGUCCAUUCCGGUUCCCACUUUUCAAUCAAUUCUAGUUACUUGCCAUUUUAUAUUUUGAGAUCUUUUUGAAUUUUCCUGACUUUGAAAAUUAUCGUUAUCACACAUUUCUCGCCCCUUCCUUUCUCAUGAUUUUUCGCUUUAUUUUCUCUGUGUCUCUCACUUUUCCACACACACUCUCCCUCCUCUGACUCUCUUUAUCAGCUUUACCAUACCCGUAAUAAACGAAUCCAGGGUUCCCCCGUUCCUUCUCGAGCUGAACUUCUUAUCUAUUUUCCUUCCACACAAACAGAGUAAUGCUGGCAAACUUUGCCCCUUUGCAAUGUUUUUUUUUUCUGAUUAUAAAAGUUCUCUGAAAAUCUGAAAAUCUUCCCCAAAUUGUGAUCUGAUCUUCCAAUCUUCCAAUUUUUACAAUUCCCAUUUUUCUUCCAUCCACCUGCUUAUUUCUUUUUAUCAUUUUUUUGUAAUAAAUUUGCUUUUUUCAAAGGAAAAAUAAUAGAUUAAUUUUGUGUA